CCAGCCACAUUUUUAUCAAUUUUUGUCACACGAGACCGCCUAUAAAAGCGGGGUGGACUUGGGUCUAGUCGUCAGUUCAUCUUCAACAACCAUUUCUUCCAGAUUAUCAUCUCCUGCAGAGAUUUGUAAAAAUCAAUACUAAAAUGAAGGCUGUUAUGUUGGUCCUCGCCUUCGUGGCUGCUGCUGCUGCUGAAGCUGAUACCCAAUACGGUGCCCCAGCUCACACCCCACAAGUUUUCCGACAUGUCUACGUCCACUCCGCCCCUGAUGAGGCUCCAGACCACCAAGCCCGAACCAUCCGAGUUCCCGGAGGAGACAAGCACGUCAACAUCAUCUUCGUCAAGACCCCAUCUUCCUCUUCCUCCCACCAAACCGAAGUCAUCCUCCCAGAACAAGACGAACACAAGAACUUGGUCUACGUCCUCCUCAAGAAGGGCGAGAACACCGCCGAUGUCAAGAUCCGUCGCCCAGCUGCCCCAGCUCAACAAAAGCCAGAGGUUUACUUCAUCAAGUACGGAAGCCAAGGAGGUCAAGGUUAUUCUGGAGGUCAAGGAGGUGGUUCAUCUUCCGGCGGUGGUGCCCCAUCUGCUCCAUCGACCCAAUACGGAUUUUAAAUGUAUUCAUCAUCAUUAUCAUAUUAUUGAGCUUCACCAUGAAAAUCUGUCACUUUCUGUGCUCUAUCUUCUAUCUCUUCUUCUUCUCUUCUACAACUUUCCUCAGUCAUCAAGUCUUAAGUAAUUUAUGUACCUUUCGCUUAUCACCUUCUUGUUAAAUCUUCUUUAUCCACUGUUUUCCUAUUUCAUCCUCCUGCACAAUGUGCUGUACAAUGUGUUAUACUAUUUUUGUUUAAUAAAAAAAGAAUAUUUAUCUUAUUAGUCAUCAUAUAA